AUGGCCACGUCUAUACUCGGGGAAGAGCCGCGCUUUGGAACGACCCCGUUGGCCAUGCUGGCGGCGACCUGCAACAAGAUCGGCAACACGAGCCCGCUGACCACGCUGCCCGAGUCGAGCGCCUUCGCCAAAGGCGGCUUCCACCCCUGGAAGCGCUCCUCGUCCAGCUGCAACCUCGGCUCCAGCCUCUCCGGCUUCGCCGUGGCCACCGGCGGCCGCGGCUCAGGCGGCCUGGCGGGCGGCUCGGGCGCAGCCAACAGCGCCUUCUGCCUGGCCUCCACGUCGCCCACGUCAUCCGCCUUCAGCAGCGACUACGGCGGCCUCUUCUCCAACUCGGCGGCUGCCGCGGCGGCGGCGGCCGGGGUGUCCCCGCAGGAGGCGGGCGGCCAGUCGGCCUUCAUCUCCAAAGUGCACACGACGGCAGCCGACGGCCUGUACCCGCGCGUGGGCAUGGCGCAUCCGUACGAGUCAUGGUACAAGUCGGGUUUCCACUCGACGCUCGCUGCGGGCGAGGUGACCAACGGUGCGGCGUCGUCGUGGUGGGACGUGCACAGCAGCCCGGGCUCGUGGCUGGAUGUGCAGAACCCCGCUGGGGGGCUCCAGAGCUCGCUGCACUCGGGCGCCCCCCAGGCCUCGCUGCACUCGCAGCUGGGCACCUACAACCCCGACUUCAGCUCGCUCACGCACUCGGCCUUCAGUUCCACGGGUCUCGGCUCCUCGGCCGCCGCCGCCUCGCACCUGCUCUCCACCAGCCAGCACCUGCUGGCCCAGGACGGUUUCAAGCCGGUGCUGCCCUCCUAUUCAGACUCAAGCGCCGCGGUGGCGGCCGCUGCCGCCAGCGCCAUGAUCUCGGGUGCCGCGGCCGCCGCCGCCGGGGGGAGCUCGGCCCGCUCCGCCCGCCGCUACUCCGGACGCGCCACCUGCGACUGCCCUAACUGCCAGGAGGCCGAACGACUGGGCCCGGCCGGAGCGAGCCUGCGGCGCAAGGGCCUGCACAGCUGCCACAUCCCGGGCUGCGGCAAGGUGUACGGCAAGACGUCGCACCUGAAGGCGCACCUGCGCUGGCACACGGGCGAGCGGCCCUUCGUGUGCAACUGGCUCUUCUGCGGCAAACGCUUCACGCGCUCGGACGAGCUGCAGCGGCACCUGCGGACUCACACGGGCGAGAAACGCUUCGCCUGUCCAGUGUGCAACAAGCGCUUCAUGCGCAGCGACCACCUGAGCAAACACAUUAAGACGCACAACGGGGGCGGCGGUGGCAAAAAGGGCAGCGACAGUGACACGGACGCUAGCAACUUGGAGACGCCCCGCUCCGAGUCCCCCGACCUCAUCCUGCACGACUCCGGUGUCAGUGCCGCCCGGGCGGCGGCAGCUGCUGCGGCUGCAGCGGCGGCGGCGGCGGCGGCCUCGGCGGGAGGCAAGGAAGCCGCGUCUGGCCCCAGCGACUCUUAG